AUGCGCCCCACCGAGCCCUGGAGCCCCGGGUGGGGGCUGCCGUCCUGGGACUACUCAGGCUCGGGCGCACUGCUGGAUCUGGAGCUAGAGCUGUGCCCGUCCCGGGAUCUGCCCUACAGCUACGCCUACAUCCCCGCGCUCUACCUGGCGGCCUUCGCCCUGGGCCUGCUGGGCAACAGCUUUGUGGUGUGGCUGCUGCUGGCACGGCGGCGCGGGCCGCGGCGACUGGUGGACACCUUCGUGCUGCAUCUGGCGGCCGCCGACCUGGGCCUGGUGCUCACGCUGCCGCUGUGGGCCGUGGCGGCGGCGCGCGAGGGCCACUGGCCCUUUGGCGAAGGCCUCUGCAAGCUCAGCAGCUUCGCGCUGGCCGCGUCGCGCUGUGCGGGUGCGCUGCUGCUGGCAGGCCUGAGCGUCGACCGCUACCUGGCCGUGGUGUGGCUGCUGGACGCGCGGCCACGGCGCACGCCGCGCUGCGCCCUGGCCGCCUGCUGCGGCGUCUGGGCCGCGGCAGUCCUGGCUGGCCUGCCGGCGCUCGUCUACCGCGGGCUGCAGCCGCUGCCUGCCGGCGCGGGCAGCCAGUGUGGAGAGGAGCCCUCUGACGCCUUCCAGGGCCUUGGCCUGCUGUUACUGCUGCUCACCUUCGUGCUGCCGCUGGCAGUCUCGGUCUUCUGCUACUGCCGCAUUUCGUGCCGCCUGCGCCGACCGCCGCACGUGGGCCGCGCCCGCAGCAACUCGCUGCGCAUCAUCUUCGCGGUCGAGAGCACCUUCGUGGGCUCCUGGCUGCCUUUUGGCGCCCUGCGGGCCAUCUUCCACCUGGCGCGCCUCGGAGCCCUGCCGCUGCCCUGCCCCCUGCUGCUGGCGCUGCGCUGGGGCCUGGCCGUCGCCACCUGCCUGGCCUUCGUUCACAGCUGCGCCAACCCGAUCAUCUACCUCCUGCUGGACCGCUCCUUCCGCGCCCGGGCCCGACUCAGGUUCUGCGGGCGCGCACACCUCGGAAUGCGCCGGGUCGGCUCGGCCUCGUCGCUCUCAAGGGACGAUAGUCACGUAUUCUGGAGCCGCGCGCAGCGCGUCGGCACUGCCACCACCACCGCCUCGCUAGUCCUGUAGGCGCCCGCAGACCGGUGGAGGUGCGCCGGGGGUGCGUCGUGGAUGGAAAGCGGGGAUCAAGAGAAGACGGGAGCCCCGGGUGGGUCCCCGGCGCUGCAGUGGCAUCCGCUCCAGCCUGCCUGGCCUGCGCUUAGCACCGCCUGGAGUGGCCUCUUUCUGCUUCCCCCUAUCCCCAGGCCGCUGGGACCAGUUGCUCCGGCAGCCCAGGCUGUGACCAGGGACACACAGCGACCUGGGUACCUAUAGGGCCACCACUUAGAGAAGGGAAGUGGUUUUCUCCUCUGCACCCAUCUCA